ACUGGCUCCUUGGGCUCCCGGGAAGCCGCGAGUUUCCGCAGGGAGGCAGCAGCGGCUGCGCCCCGGCGGGUCUGCAGCCUGUGUUCCUAGUCAGCACUGCUCACAGUGAAGGUGACACCUUUCCUCCAGUUGCACAAAAUGAGUGUGAUAUGGUUACCCAGACCAGGAGCUCAGCCUCACAGAGAGCCCAGCCUGCUGUUCUGAUGCCGAAAGGGAGGCAGAAAGUCCCACAUUCGGAUGCCCCCCUGGGCUUGCCCACCUGCCCCUGGCUAGAAUUAGCUGGGCUCUUCUUACUGAUUCCCUUGGUCAUGGGCCUCUCAGGGGCAGGUGGGCCUGACACCCUGGGUGCAGGGGGGCUAAGCUGGGCUGUACACCUGGACAACCUGGAAGGCAAGAGGGAGGAAGAGAGUCUGGCACAGCAGGCAGAUGCCGUGGCCCAGGCAGCAGGGCUGGUGAAUGCUGGUCGCAUCGGAGAGCUCCGGGGGCACUACCUCUUUGUCCAGCCAGUUGGGCACAGGCAAGCUGUGGAGGUGGAAGCCAUGCGGCAGCAAGCAGAAGCUGUGUUAGCCAGGCAUGAAGCUGUGCGCUGGUACUCAGAACAGAGGCUGCUGAAGCGGGCCAAGCGCAGCAUCCACUUCAAUGACCCCAAGUACCCUCAGCAGUGGCACCUGAAUAACCGGCGAAGCCCAGGCAGAGACAUCAACGUGACAGGUGUGUGGGAGCGCAAUGUAACUGGGCGAGGGGUAACAGUGGUGGUAGUGGACGAUGGAGUGGAGCACACCAUCCAGGACAUUGCACCCAACUAUAGCCCAGAGGGUAGCUAUGACCUCAACUCUAAUGACCCUGAUCCCAUGCCCCACCCUGAUGCGGAGAAUGGUAACCGUCAUGGGACCCGGUGUGCAGGAGAAAUUGCUGCUGUGCCCAACAACAGCUUCUGUGCAGUGGGCGUGGCCUAUGGAAGCAGAAUAGCAGGUAUCCGAGUACUGGAUGGACCGCUCACAGACAGCAUGGAGGCUGUGGCAUUCAACAAGCACUAUCAGAUCAAUGACAUCUACAGCUGCAGCUGGGGUCCAGAUGAUGAUGGGAAGACAGUGGAUGGUCCUCACCAGCUUGGAAAGGCUGCCUUGCAACAUGGAGUGAUGGCUGGUCGCCAGGGCUUUGGGAGUAUCUUUGUGGUCGCCAGUGGUAAUGGGGGCCAGCACAAUGAUAAUUGCAACUAUGAUGGCUAUGCCAACUCCAUCUACACUGUCACCAUAGGUGCUGUGGAUGAGGAGGGACACAUGCCUUUUUAUGCAGAGGAAUGUGCCUCCAUGCUGGCAGUCACAUUCAGUGGCGGGGACAAGAUGCUCCGGAGCAUUGUGACCACUGAUUGGGACCUUCAGAAGGGCACUGGCUGCACUGAGGGCCACACAGGGACCUCAGCUGCAGCUCCUCUGGCAGCUGGCAUGAUAGCCCUCAUGCUGCAAGUACGGCCCUGCCUCACAUGGCGGGAUGUCCAGCACAUCAUUGUCUUCACAGCCACCCAGUAUGAGGACCGCCAUGCAGACUGGCUUACCAACGAGGCCGGUUUCAGCCACAGCCACCAGCAUGGUUUUGGCCUGCUCAAUGCUUGGAGACUCGUCAAUGCAGCCAAGAUCUGGACAUCUGUCCCUUACUUAGCCUCCUACAUUAGCCCCAUGCUGAAAGAGAAUAAAGCAGUUCCUCGGUCCCCCCACUCGCUGGAGGUGCUAUGGAAUGUCAGCAGGAUGGACCUGGAGAUGUCGGGACUGAAGACUCUGGAGCACGUGUCAGUGACAGUCUCCAUCACUCACCCACGACGCGGCAGCUUAGAAGUGAAACUCUUUUGUCCCAGUGGCAUGAUGUCUCUGAUCGGUGCCCCCCGCAGCAUGGACUCGGAUCCCAAUGGCUUUAAUGACUGGACCUUUUCCACUGUGCGGUGCUGGGGAGAAAGAGCAAGAGGCACCUACAGAUUGGUUAUCAGGGAUGUAGGAGAUGAGUCGCUCCCGGUGGGCAUCCUCCGGCAGUGGCAGCUGACCCUGUAUGGCUCUGUGUGGAGUCCAGUAGACAUCAAGGACAGACAAAGUUUGUUAGAAAGUGCUAUGAGUGGAAAAUACCUGCAUGAUGGCUUCACUCUUCCCUGUCCACCUGGGCUGAAAAUUCCUGAGGAGGAUGGAUACACCAUUACCCCUAACACCCUCAAGACCCUGGUGCUAGUGGGCUGCUUCACUGUCUUCUGGACCAUUUACUACAUGCUGGAAGUAUACCUAAGCCAGAGGAACGUGGCCGCCACCCCAGGUUGCAGGAGUGGACCCUGCCCCUGGCCCCAGCGGAACCAAAAAUCCAGAGAUGAGGGGACGGAGCUAGAAUCAAUGCCACUAUGCAACAGCAAGGACCUGGAUGGAGUGGAUUCAGAGAGUGGAGUCCUUAGCACCACCUCUGGCCUCCUAGCCCCAGAUUUGCUCAGUGAAGGGGACUGGAGCUUAUCCCAGAGCAGUAAGAGUGCCCUGGACUGCCCUCAUCAACACCAACCUCCAGACCUGGUACAGGGAAAGGAAGAACAGAUCUGCUGAGUCUAGGGCCUGACAGCCUCCAUGUAGGGCAGGCUCUUCCCAAAACUGAGGAUGCUGCUUCCAACCAUGGGAUGUUGAGGAGAGAAACUGGUCCCAAUGGUGACUUCUGGAACCCAAGGCCUUGGAAGUAUUCUUGGUACCCUCAAGAGAGUGAAGGCUAUCUUAAGUACAGUGUAGAGCACUGGUGAGCACAGGCUCCUCCAGCUGAGCUUUGAUGAGAGGCCUUGGAUAGGGAUUGGCACUCAGGCCAGCAAUCCUUUGUCCCAUCUCUCUGAGGCAAGUCAGUGACCUAGGCCAUUAGGACCUCUACUCAUUGUGGGUUAUGCAGGUUCCCGCAUGAUCAGGGAGAACUCUUGACAGAAGUAUUGCUUGGGUCACUGGGCAGGGGCCCAGAGGAGAGGCUGGCAAGAGCCUAAACAUGCCUUCCCUAAAAGCAACUGCCUUUGUCAUUCUUCACUGUGCUUCUGGUCUGAAGCCAAUCUUGAACCUGCCCCUGACUCUACCACCACUACCCCUUCCUGCUGAAGGAAUGGUACAGUGCUCCUAAGAGAGCUGGAGCUGGGAGGUGCAUGGUGCCCAGGGCCCCGCUGCUUCAUAGGGAAGUCUGGCGGGACUGCAGAGCACUGAGACAAGUUUGAAGACAGCUUGGGAGACACUGCUGUUCAGCCUGUGACCACCUUGUGUUCCUCUGCAAAGUGCUCAGGGAAAUGGCCUUCACUCAAGGCCAGGUGUCUGCCUAAUAGGCUCUCACAUGUCGUCCAUUCUUGGCCUUCUCCCCUCCCCAUCUUCUGAGCUAAUUGAUAAUCUGAAUUUUUUAAUACUAAAGAUUUGAUUUUCUUUUUUUCACAGCAACAUUUUGUUGAAUUUUUUUCUGCACAGCUUUUCCAAAAUAAAAAUCUUCCAACUAAUUCUGCUAGUUCCCACCUCAGCUCUUUUCUGCCUACCCACAGCUCCUUCCUCUGAUCCCUGGGUCCAUGGGGUCUGAAGGGUCCUGCAGAAGACAGUGGUCAGGAACACACAUGCCACCUGUCCCUGGCUCAGGUUUCCUGGAACUGUAGCUGGAGUGAGGUUAAAUCAAACUGCCAACCAAGCCUGAGGAAAGAUGGAUGUAUAUAUUUUUCUCUUUUUUGAAUUUCAACCAAAAAAAAUAUUCCAGGAAAAGAUGGAGAGAUUGGGCUGGGUCUCCUUCAAAGGGCAUUUGCUACCAAGGACAUUGGGCUGGCUGCACACCCAGGCUACCCAGCCCACUUCCCCCUGUUUAGCCCAGGAUGGGAAGAGACAGGAGGUGGGAGUGCAGCUGAGAGCAGGGGCCAGGGCAGUGGUGGCUCCGGGGUAAGCUGGGCUAAGGCUAGGGGGAGGUGGGAGCUGCCCUUGUGCCGUCACCUUUGCCCAGUGACAGCCUCAAAGCUUGGCCGGGGCUAAGAACCUACAUAGGUGUGGGUGAGGCAGGCUAAGCAGGACACUGCAGCCAGAGAGCUGGGAAAGGCAGGCUCAGGGCUGGUCGUCCCCUCUAACUGAUGAUC